AACGUCUUUCACAAGACGCGUCACGGAUGUGUGUGUAGUGCAAGUGCCCCGACCCGUUGCUUUUUUCUUAUCGCUCCAGAGAGAAGCCGUGUUGUUGUCUAUUUGUCGUUUGCUUCUUACGAUUGCUAUCGCGCGCGUGUCUCUCCGAUAGAGAGAAAGAGAAAGAGAGAUAGAGCUCUCGAGUGGAAAAGACCGAUGUGAUAGGCGACCCGCGAUUGGCGUAUACAUGUUGAUACACUGAUAACAAAGCUGUCGACCACGUCGAGCCCGAACCGACGUGCUCGUGCAAAGAAGAAGAGAUGUACCUCGAGGAUUAUCAUGGGGAGAGAAGUGAAGAAGAUGACGCGCGGUGUCCCGUGUUACCCGGCCUGGAUCAGGAUAGUUUCGUCGACGACGGUUCUCUCGUCGAUCUGGUGUCCAUGGCGGUGACUGGCAUAAGCGUCGGCGAUCAGCCGCACUGCUGGACGACCUUGCAGGCGGACAACGGCGCUCUUCUGUCCCCGUUGGAUUCUGUUGCGGAUUCGCGGGACUAUCUCGACUGGGACCAGGUGCCUGUUAUUUUUCAGUAUCCUUCCGAGAGUUCUUCCGCCGGUGGUGGAUCACCGGGCAGUACUUGUAGCGAAGUAACCACACCGACAUGGAACAAUACCGUGAUAACGACAGAUCACAGUGAAGACAAAGUAGAUUACGAGAAAUUACCUUCGGUAAACUCAGCGUUCUCUUUUUCACGCACGUUCUGCAAUACGAUUUAUUCGGAAUAUGGAUCGGAGUCACAGAGUUAUCAAGAUUAUCAGGACUGUCAGGACAUGGUGUCGUUGCUGAUGAGCAUACAGAAUGACGUUGCUCAGAAUAAUGAUUCAUCCUUCGUACAAACGUCUAACGCUGCUAAUGAGUUUGAUCUGAGUUUGAUCAGAGGCGAUCCAACGUCGUUGUUGAACACUGUGGACUUAUCGUCAUCGCCUUCGAUGGCGGUCUGCCUUGCGGGAAACGAUCAGCAAGAGCCAUUUCAGGACUUCAAUCCGCCGUAUUAUGCCGUCGGACAUUUGGUUUCCUCGCAACAUCAACAACCGUCCGCGCUAUCGACGAUUAAUUUUGCCGACGAGGUCGUCGGCACGACGGAGAGUUUCGGCAAUCAAGUGAUAUUACCGCGUAACGAGGGUCUGUUGCUCGGCAAUCGACGAGUUGUCGAUUCGAAAGAAAGCGAAAAUAAUAGCAACAAAUCUCACGAUUGCGCGAAAUCAGCGGACGAUAAUUUUGUCUCGACUUAUCAGUGCCAUUGGAUCGACUGCGGGUGCGUUUUCGCGGAGCAGGAAGGUCUGGUGCGGCAUAUUGAGAGGCGGCACGUGGAGUCAUUUUCGACAAACGCGCACGGCCACGGCAGGCGGACCAUGCAGCGCGACCGCGACAAGGGAGACGAGAGCAUCCUCAGCGCGACAACGUCGGCGAGUCGCGAGGAUGAGUUCGCCUGUCUCUGGCAAGGUUGCUCGCGCGCACGACCGUUCAACGCGAGAUACAAAUUGCUCAUUCAUAUGAGAGUUCACACACAAGAGAAGCCGAAUAAGUGUCCGUUUGCGGGUUGUAAAAAAGCUUUUAGCCGUUUGGAGAAUUUAAAAAUUCAUCAAAGAUCGCACACUGGCGAAAGACCGUAUGUGUGUCAACACAAUGGUUGCUCAAAGGCAUUUAGCAACAGUAGCGAUCGAGCCAAGCACCAACGAACUCAUUACGAUAGAAAACCGUAUGCUUGCCAAGUAAGCGGCUGUGGCAAACGUUAUACGGAUCCUUCGAGUCUAAGAAAGCACUUGAAGAAUCACACAGAGAAUUCUAAUACACUGUCCAAUUUAUUGUCGUCAUCGGACAAGGUGUCGACGACCAUCACAGCAACAAGGCACGGGUUAAAUUCGACGGUUUCUCAUCAGCAGAGUCAAAACGCGUGCUCCUUCAAAACGGGACCGAGUCAUCCGUAUAAACUAUCUAAAUCCUGUAUCAAGGAGAAAGAUACGUUGUUAAAUAAUACGUACGAACAAAAUAGAAUUUCUGUGAAUUUCGACAGCAGCCAACAGGAGUAUGUACCGCUCGAAUCGGUUCGCCAUCUUCUUAUCAACGACAUCAACAACGCGCUAGGCGAAAGUACAGUUUAUUGCGCAAAAGACGACAUGCCGAAUUUCCACGACGAAAUCGACGUCGAUGUAGAGCGACAACUUCACGAGCUUAGCGCUCUGGACGAUGCUAUUUUCAUCGAUGGAUAAUUUCCGUCAGUGAGGAAAUCCAUUACUAUUCCCGUGUGUGUAAAGAUAAAACAAGAUAAAUGCAUGAGUGAAUAAUUAAAAAGAAAACGUUCGAUACGACUAUUAUUCACUGACGCAUUUGUUCU